AUGGCAACAGAUCAUUUGGAUAUUGUCUAUUCGAUCAAUGAACGUAUUAAAAAAUUGCAAGAAGAAAUCGAAGAACUGAAGGCAAAAAGCUCACGUUCAGGUAAAGCAGUUGACAGCCAAAUUGAGCAUCGUAUUGAGAAUUUAAAUAUGAAAAUUAACGAACUAAUACUUGAACGUACUCGAGAACUUAAAAAAGUACGAUGGGGAGAUAAAAGACAGCCAAAACCAAAACCUGCUCCUGUCCCAGAUCCAGUCGCCGAGCCUGAUCCACCUCCGCGUCCAGUGGUAACUAAGCGUGAUCCAUCACCAGUUCCGGUGGUUAAAGAGCGUGUUCCUACACCUAUUCCAGUUGCAGUUCAGUCUAUUAUCUCACCAUCUUCACUCAAAGUGUCGGAAAUAGACGUUGGCACUGAUUCAACAUCGUUGACCAUGGUUCCGACUUGGUUUAAGCCCGAUAAUGUACAAACAGCUUUGGGUGACAUCGUCUAUCCAGAAGGUACUACUGAACGUGACCAAUUCAUUACGGUGGCACGUUAUCGAGUAGCACUUGGACAGUCAACAAAUUUCAUUCGACAUCCAUUAGACAUUAGUGAGCACUCUACUGAAACGCUGGUACUUUCACUUGAAGCUCUUGCUCAACAAUUUGGUGGUCAAUUGAGCUUUACAAAUCGAGAUCUAUCGUUUGAAAACAGUGCUGAAGGUGCAGCUUGUGGUGUACCUAAUUUAGGCAGUGCACAUCUGCUAGCUAAUGACAGUGUACCAACAGCCCAUUUUGCUUUUAAAGUUAAUCUUGAUUAUGAUAAAGAUCUUAUACGAUCAAGAGAAACAAUGGAAAAUUUUGUUGUUAAUUUUUCUGUUGCUAUUGCUCAAAUACUCGGAUGCAAGAGAGAUUAUGUUCGUGUAUUUGCUGUUCACAAACUGAUUGGUGAAAAAAAUGUGAUUCAAGUUAAUUUUGGCUUGACAACACCUAACCAAGAAGAAACUGAAUUACUUGCAAUUGAACUACAGGAUAUGGCAAGAUUAGGUUUCGGAGAUAGUGAAAUUCUUCGACUUAUCCAAUUGCGUGAAUAUAAAUAUGAAUGGCGGUCAAUUUUGUCUUAUUUAGAGCUCAAACCAAGUGAUUUUGAUCCACGUUUUAAUUUUGAUUAUACUCAACCAGGCCUGCCUGCACAACAACAUCGUGCUAAUCAACCAUAUUUCUUACCACUCGGUUGGUAUCGUCAUGCAUUAAAUGUGAGUCAAAAAUAUUCAGACGACGCUGUGUGGCUUGGUCACAACAACGUAUCUGGAGAAUGGCCUGUCGCUUUUCAUGGUACUCAUUCAGGUAUGGUAGAGAACAUUGCAGAACAUGGCCUGUCGGUUGAUGCUGGUAAACGUGGUCGCAUAUUGGAAGAAGCUAUUCAACAGAAAGGACCGGGAAUGAAUCAGCCAGCGCUUUAUUUAACUACUCAUUGUGAUGGCGGAGCAGAAGCAUAUGCUACAACGUUUCAGGUGACAAACGGUAACGAAAUUGAUACAUUUCAAGUUGUUUUUCAAUGUCGAGUACAACCGAAGUCAUUUACAGUUCACAAUUCUUGUGUUAGUGUGGGUCAUCUUUGGCGAGUCAUUGAUACUAAUGCAGUUCGUCCUUAUGGUUUGUUACUUAGAAAGAAGGACAUAUAA